UCUCCGGGACCAACCAGUGCCACGAAUCCGGCGCACCGCAGUCAAACCACCAACUACUAAUACACAGCCUAGUGUUAUCUGUCUUCACCCUGCCAGUGAUUCCAGGAACAUGCACCGAAAAGCCAGGGGAUUGGUGCCACAGCCUCGCGCCAUACUGGCCGUCUAUAUCCAUGCCAAUUUGCUAGCGCAUGUCAUCCAUAAGACGAGUCUGUGCUUUACGCACAUGGAUCUGGAGCUGCAGAAAAAAACAAGUGAAUGGCCAGUCCAUUACAUCCAUUGGAAUGAGAUUGUCUAUAAUGUCACGAUGGCAUUCUUCUGGUCUUCAUGGUAUCUGGGCAUUUCCUGUAAAUCUCAAGAAUGGUGCCAUUUAAGUCGGGCCGGCCUUGCGGGCUUGACUUGGGUCACGGAGGUUCUCCAGAGAAUCGCGUGUAUCUGCUUCAUCGUCUAUGUUGCCACAGUUGAUGCGUAGAGUGAUGAGUGUGGCGCCGCGAGGCUGGGCAAACUGAUUGAGAGCCAAGCCGGACAUGGGUGCAUCGAAGUUCAGAUGACCUUCCCUACGGUCUGAACUCAUUUGAAGCAAACCCCAAAGACGAAAAGAGGCAGUUGACAAAUCAGUAAGGCGGGGCCAGCCAAGGGAUUC